GUGUUCACCUUCGUGAAAGGCGUGAGGGGCUUUGUGCAACGCAACGUCUGGACGUACUACGUCUCCUACGCGGUCUUCUUCAUCUCCCUCUUCCUGCUCAGCUGUUGCGGGGCUGCUGAGCGAGCCGAACUAACCCGAUGCCUGUCUGCUCCGCAGUCCAUCCUGACUGUGAGCCUGUCCUAUAUGGUGGGGAUGAUCGCCAGCUUCUACGACACGGAUGCUGUCAUCAUGGCCGUGGGCAUCACGGUCGUCGUCUGCUUCACUGUCGUCAUCUUCUCCCUGCAGACCAAGUACGACUUCACCUCGUGCCGAGGCGUGCUCAUCAUCUGCCUCGUCGUGCUCAUCCUCUUCUCCAUCCUCUGUAUCUUCAUCCGGAACCGCAUCAUGGACAUUAUCUAUGCGUCUCUGGGGGCCCUGCUCUUCACCUGCUUCCUGGCAGUGGACACACAGAUGAUCCUGGGGAACAAGCAGCUGGCGCUCAGCCCCGAGGAGUACAUCUUCGCUGCCCUCAACCUCUACACAGACAUUAUCAACAUCUUCCUCUACAUCCUGGCCAUCAUCGGCAGGGCCAAGGAGUAGCGUCCCUACUGCUGCGAGUAGUCCUGCCCCGCGCCAGCCCUCGCGGCGCGAGUCACGGUCCCCUCACCCCUCCUUCCCGUAGCAGGUUUUGUUUGGUGUUCUCAUUGCAUCCUGUUGUCUGUUCUCGUGUUCUAGUUUCUUUGACCCCAGCCACCUCCCUGGCUCCUGCCGGGAAAGACUGCGCUGGCAGGGGCUUGCUGGGCUGGGUGGGUGCCCCAAGGCAGGGGGGCACAGCUCUGUCCCCUUGCCAGGAGGCAUUGCGCAGGACGGGCAGUGCUUGUCUGCAAACGUCUUGCUGCAAGGAGCACUGUACCCUGGGUGCUGCCCCUGCCGGCCCCCUCCACAGCAGCCCCACGGGGCGGCUCUGUUCCAGACCCUCUGCUUCUUCCCCUGCUGUGAAUAAGGCAUGUCCCGUCCCUCCUUGCGUUGAAUGAAGACUGGAAGCACUUUCUCACCCGGCCCGUGGUGGAGCUCACUCAUCCCUCCGUCCUUCCUCCCACCACGCAGGCUCUGCCCCUCGCCCCGGGCUCUCCCCACGGCUGCGCAGGGUCAGCGCUGGCAGCCCACCGGCUCCCGAACGACCCCCCUGGCUCCAGGUAGGGCUCAGGGCAGCGUCCUGCUCCC